ACGUCAAACCUUCAGCUCCUUCAAUGGCUGCUUCUUCGAAUCCGAGAAAGACUUACCACGUCUUCCUGAGCUUCAGAGGCUCGGACGUCCGCAACAGCUUCCUCGCUCAUCUCUACGCAGCUUUAGACCGGACGGGAAUAUAUGCUUACAUCGACAGUGAAGAACUGAGGAAGGGAGAGCAGAUAUCACCCGCGCUUAUGAAGGCGCUCGAGGAUUCGAGAGUCGCGAUCGUCGUGUUUUCCGAGGACUAUGCUUCCUCGCCAUGGUGUUUGGAAGAGGUGGCGCAAAUCAUGGAGUGCAAGAAGCAAAAUGACAUGAUCGUGUUACCGGUGUUUUACAAAGUGGAACCAAGAGAAGUUAGAGGGGGAAGAAAGAGUUAUGCGAGAGCCAUGGCUAAGCAUGAGUCCAAGUUCGGCAAGGAUUCAGAGAAAGUGAAGAGAUGGAAGGAGGCUCUCUUUGAAGCCGGUAGCUUGUCCGGUUGGGCCUUGAAUGAUGAAGAUGAAGCGAAGCUUAUAAGGAGAAUUGUGAAGGAGAUCUCUAUGCAACUAGACCGAACACCCUUACACGUUGCCAAGCAUCCGAUUGGAAUACAUCCACAAGUAUUAGAGCUGAAAUCAAUGUUAAAUCUUGAGUCUGAUGAUGAUGUUCUUGUGAUAGGAUUAUGGGGACAGGGAGGCAUAGGAAAAACAACAUUAGCUAAAGCCCUUUACAAUAAUAUCUUUAGACAAUUCGAGGCUUCAUGUUUUUUGGCAAACAUUUGGGAAACUUCAAAAGAUUCCAAGGAUUUAGCUCCUUUGCAAGAAAAAUUGUUGUCCGAGAUAUUACUGGGAAAAGGAUUAACAGUGUUUAGUGUUGAUGGAGGCAUUAAUUUGAUGCAAGAGAGACUUUGCCGCAAAAAAAUUCUCAUUGUUCUCGAUGAUGUCAAUGAUAGAAAACAGUUAAAUGCUUUAGCUGGAGAGCGUGAAUGGUUUGGUAAAGGAAGCAGAAUCAUUAUUACUACUAGAGAUAGCCAUCUGCUUACUGCCCAUGGGGUAGAUAAAGUUCACAUAUAUGAAGUUAAACCUUUAAAGAAUGGGGAAGAUCUCAAACUUUUUAACAAGCAUGCUUUUCUGAGAAACAACGGGACAGUAAUAAGGAGGGCUCUUGUGGAUAGAGCGUUGCAUUAUGCUAACGGGCUUCCUUUAGCACUUCAGGUAUUGGGCUCUUUCCUAUGCGGUAGAAGAGAACAUGAGUGGGAAAGUGCAUUAAAUAAACUUGCCAAAAGUCCGGACAAAACCAUCAAUGAUGUUCUUAAGCUAAGUUACGAUGGACUAGAGGACUAUGCAAAGGAGAUCUUCCUUGAUAUUGCAUGUUUCUUCAAGGGGCUAUCUACAGAGUAUAUUAUGAAAGUUCUUAACUGCUGCGACUUUGACACGACUAUUGGAGUACAAGUUCUUGUUGAGAAGUCCUUGAUAACUGCAGGGAAAGAGACCCUACAAAUGCAUGACUUGAUUCAAUUGAUGGGUAUGGACAUUGUCAAACACGAAUGCCGAGACGAUCCUAACAGACGCAGCAGGCUAUGGCUUAUUGAUGAUAUUCUUGACGUUUUGUUGGGAAAUAUGAGAACAGAAGCAGUAAAAGCCAUAGUUUUGCGUUUACCCAAGCCAGAAGUAAUCAACAUAGGACCUGAUGCUUUCACAAACAUGAGAAGGUUAAGGGUGCUCAUAAUGAUCAAUGUGCGCAACUCUUUCCAAGGUCCUAUCUAUCUUCCUAAUGAACUAAGAUGGUUUGAAUGGCCCGAAUGUCCUCCUUGGAUUCCAGAAUUUUCCUCUGGUCUAAAGAAGUUAGCUGGGCUUGAUCUCCACAAAAGUAACAUCCAAGUACUGAGGAAUCAAUUUAUGGGCUUUGAAAAAUUGAAGUUCAUUAACUUCAGUAAAUGCCAGUUGGUGGUUGAUAUGCCAGACCUCGAUUGUACUCCAAAUCUCGAGGAAUUGGAUCUCCAUGGGUGCAAAAACUUGGAGCAUGCCCACGAAUCAAUUGCGCAUCACAGCAAGUUACAGAAGUUGAAUUUAAGCGGGUGCUCUAAACUUUCUCAUCUCUCCGAUGUGCUCGAGUCCAAGAAUCUUCAACUUCUCAACCUUGAUAAUUGCUCAGGAUUGCAAAGAUUUCCUGAUAUUCUGGAUGAAAUCAAAGGCUUGCGACAUCUUUAUUUAAGAGGGACUUCAAUUGAGGAACUUCCUGCAUCGGUCGAAAAACUUGUCUCUUUGGAGAAAAUAGAUUUAAAUGGUUGUAAAAAAUUGGCAACCCUUCCGUCUAGCAUUUACAGGUUGCAAAAUCUUGAAGUUAUGAUGCUUCAAGGCUGCUCAAAACUAAUCAAGUUUCCAAAGAAGGGUGAAGAUUCGAGUGAUCCUCACACGAAGACCGGAUUUCCUAAGUUAAAAGGGUUAUACCUUAAUGGAUGCAAUCUAUACGAACUACAAGAGAUCCAAAAGACUCCAGAAUUCGUUAAACUACUGGCAAGUGGUUGCAAUUCUCUCAGUAAAAUUCCUUCCGAUAUGCAUUGUGGGUAUAUUGACUUCUCUUCAUGCCAUGAACUGCUCUGUAGUGGCUUCACCAUGGAUAAUUUGUUCAACCUUGAGCAUUCUCGUCCCACAAGUCUUUUCAGAGUUCUACCUGGAGAAAACAUGCCAAAGUGGUUGCUCCCAAAUGAAGAUGGUUAUAUAUCUUUCAUGGCUUCAAAGGACUUGUAUAAGAAGUUGCUAGGCCUAGCUUUCUGUGUUGUAUUCAGAGUAAAAAAAGACAGUCCUGGCACUUUUGACUUUCUAGCAUCUGUUAAUGGGGAAAGGACGUGGAAAGGCCGUUCAAGCGUUGCCAUGUCGAUAGAUUUGGAUCAUGUGUGGCUUGAGUAUCAUGAAACAGAUCGACUGUGGGGACGAGAUGCUUCUGGUCCAAACGACAGUUUCCAGUUUAUGAUUAGAGCAUGGGGUGGUGCAAUUGUGAAAAAGUGUGGAUUCCGACUAAUAUGCAAGCGACUAGAGAAUGAUUUGGAUGUUCCGCUUCAAGACGAUCAGUUGCUGGAUUCAGCUUUACUCUACGAGGUUUCGCAUGAAGAUACUCCAACGAGCACAAAGGAAGAAAGUUCACGUGCAACAGAAGAUUUACAAGAUAGCGAAACGUGCCGUAAGGAAGAAGGAUUCAACACGGCUGACAUCUCAAUUGAGAAGUAUCGCUAUUCACAAAUUUUUCCUGAGUACCGAAAUUUUCUCCCUGGAGGAGAGAUGCCAAGGGAGUUCGUCCUCGUCGAAGAUGGUAUAAUAUCUUUCAAGGCUUCACGGGAAUUGUACAACAAGUUCCUAGGAUUGGCUCUCUGCGUUGUUUUCAAUGUAGAAGAUGGUAGAAAGGAAACAUCCUUCGACAUCGUGCCCCGUGUUAACGGCCAAAGACGAAAUGUGCUGUCGGGAAAUCUAGAUUCAUUUGAUUCAGACCACAUGUGGAUUCAAUAUCUAGAAUCAAAUAUGCUGUGGGGAAUGUUGGAGGGAGGAGUUGAUUUUGGUCAAGAGAGUUGCUUACAAUUUACCCUUGGCCUUACACUAACAGGUGGAACGGUGAAAAAGUUGGGAUAUCUGAUAAGAUGCGAGCAAUUAGAAGAUGAUUUGAAAGAGGUGCUCGAAGACAAUCAAUUAGUGGAUCCAGCUGCACUUUGGGAGUAUUCUGACGGAUCAACAAAUUCAAGCGAAUGUCACAGGAGUACAGAGGAACUGGAAGCCAGUGAAACAAAUUACAUGGGAAGAGUCGAGGGAUGUAGUGUUGGCUUGCAACUCUUGAGGAAACAAUUGAGCAAACGAAGCAAAUUUGGGGUGGGAUAUGUUUCCUGA